AUGUCAUACACUGAUUUCAAAACUCUUGAAACCAUCAAAUCAUUGAAUGAUUUCUUAAAAGACAAGUCAUACUUUGACGACGGUGCUGAAGCUACACAAGCUGACGUCUCUGUUUACAAGGCUUUCCAACAAGAAUACCCACACUUCACCAGAUGGUUCAACCACAUUGCUUCAUUCACUGAAGAGUUCGAUUCAUUACCAGCUGGUAAGGCCCCAGCUGCUUCUUCUUCUGCCGCUGCCGCUGAAGAUGAUGAUGACGUUGACUUGUUUGGAUCUGAUGAUGAUGAAGUUGAUGAAGAAGCUGAAAAAUUGAAACAACAAAGAUUGGCUGAAUAUGCUGCUAAGAAAGCUGCUAAAGGUCCAAAGCCAGCUGCUAAAUCAAUUGUCACCUUGGAUGUUAAGCCAUGGGAUGAUGAAACCAACUUGGACGAAUUGUUGGAGAACGUUAAGAAGAUUGAAAUUGAAGGUUUGACCUGGGGUGCCCACCAAUGGAUUCCAGUUGGUUUCGGUAUCAAAAAAUUGCAAAUCAACUUGGUUGUUGAAGAUGCUUUGGUUUCAUUGGAUGACUUGCAAGCUGCUGUUGAAGAAGAUGAAGACCACGUUCAAUCUACUGAUAUUGCUGCUAUGCAAAAAUUGUAA